AUGAAACCGCCAACGUUCUAUGGCGGAAUUGAACCAUUGAAAGUAGAGACGUGGUUAUUUGAAAUGAAGAAGUUAUAUGAAGUGUUCCCUUGUUCUGAAACCCAGAAAGUCCUCCUAGCUACUUAUACUUUGAAAGAUGAAGCCCGAAGGUGGUGGUUACUGAUUCGAAGUGGCAAUGAGAAUAUGACAUGGGCACAGUUUAACGCAAUCUUUUAUGAUAAGUAUUUUCCCCAAUGCUUCAGAGAUCGGAAGGUGUCCGAGUUUCAAGAACUUAAACAGGGAAGAAUGUCUGUAGCAGAGGCAUUGAUGGCAGAAGCCACAAUAGCAGCUAAGAAACAAACUACAACACCAACAACAGAAUGGAGAGGAAAGAGGACCGAAUUCAGUUUCAAGAAGGGCCGGUCAGGUUUGAAAAGGCAAAAUACAGGAUCCUCCAGUAGCUCUAGCCAAAGUAGCGGAUCUACUCCGAACUGCCCCGACUGCGGAAAGAAACACAGAGGUGCUUGUUAUCGAGCAUCAGGUACGUGUUUUCGCUGUGGCAAGACUGGCCACAUGGUGAGGGAUUGCCUGAUGAGAUUCAACGAGGUUAACCAUCCUAUGACAAGUUCCACCGGGUCUGUUUCCGCAGCAAGACCAAAUGCAAGGACCGAUGUUAGAGGCAAUGCAAAUAAUGAAACAUUGAAACAGGGUCGAGUAUUCGCCUUAGCGCCUGGUGACGUACCAAACACCUAUACCGUGGUGUCAGGAAAAUAG